CGCUCACAACUGGUGACCCCAGUCAGUUGAAGUUUUCAAAACCGAGAAAAGUUUGUAUUCAACAUUGAUUUCCAUAAGGACUUGGAAGAAUCAUAAGAGCGUACAUCGUACAGAACAAGUCAAUAGCAGAUUGUAACCAUGGGUCUGAUGGAAGUGUAUCACCGCUAUAACACAGAGCUCGCUGACGAAAGGACGAAUGACUGGCUACUGAUUAGUUCACCUGUACCUCUUACAAUUCUCUCGAUAAUCUACCUCUAUUUUAUCUUAUACUAUGGCCCGAUUUACAUGAAAGACAAGAAGCCAUACUCUUUCAAAACAUUCAUCUAUUGGUACAAUAUAUUCCAAAUCGUAACGAACUUUAUGGUAGUACAGCAGGCAUUAGCUACCGGAUGGUACGAGGAUGGAUUUAUGUAUUGCACUAAACUCGAUUAUUCCUAUGACUACAAACCGUACAAGAUGACGAAAAUAUUAUGGUAUAUAUUCUGUCUGAAAGUCAUCGAUUACAUUGAAACUAUAUUGUAUGUGCUCCGAAAAAAAUAUCGGCAGAUUUCAGUGUUACACGUGUACCACCAUAUUUCAACGGCGUACAUUGUUUGGGCAGUGGUGAAAUACUAUCCCAAUGGAUACUCAAUGACGUUUGCUAUGGUUAAUUGCACGGUACACGUGAUAAUGUAUACUUAUUAUUUACUGUCCUCCUUCAGAGGAGUCGUGCAAAAGAUAGUCCAACCAAUUAAACCUAUAAUUACCAUGGUUCAAAUGAUACAAUUCGUGGGCCUGAUAACGUACGGGUUACAAGCGUUCAAACCUGGAUGUUCCGGGUCAAGUCUCGCAGCCACCAUUAUGAUCACGAAUUUGUCGGUUAAUCUUACACUGUUCGCUAAUUUCUACAGACAGAAUUAUCUGAAGAAAAAUAAAAAGAGUAUAGAUUAGAAUCUUUUUUAAAAGAGUACAAAUAUUUAUGAACACAUUUGACAAAUACGGUGGAUAACGUUUCCGCCAAACAAAACCAGUAUAUAUCCUUCGUCGCAUCCAAACAUUUUAACCGCUUAACCCACACAAACCAUUGUCCGUAACGCUUAGUUGGUAGGUGCAGCACGUUGCAUAACUACAUAGCAUUGUAUCUACAGGGUGUCAAGA